AUGUCCAUACCAAAGGAGCCGGAACUGGUGAUGAAACAGAGAGAUGGAUCCGUGCUGGGGAAGAGGACAAUUCUCAAGAGCGACCAUUUUCCUGGCUGCCAGAACAAACGCUUGUUUCCCCAGAUUGAUGGUGCCCCCAAUUACCGCAAGGCUAACUUGUUACCUGUACAUGGUGUUGCUAUCCCAACUAUUGAUGGCAUUCGGAAUGUCCUCAACCACAUUGGGGCUCAAAUGAAUGGGGAUCAAAUUCACGUACUUUGGAUUAAUCUCCGUGAGGAACCGGUAAUAUAUAUUAACGGCCGACCUUUUGUUCUGCGUGAUGUGGAGCAACCUUUCUCGAAUCUGGAAUAUACGGGUAUUAACAGGGUCAGGGUUGAGCAAAUGGAAGAUCGAUUGAAAGAGGAUGUCCUCAUGGAAGCUGCUAGAUACGGAAAUAAGAUCCUUGUAACUGAUGAACUUCCAGAUGGUCAAAUGGUUGAUCAAUGGGAACCAGUUACGCAUAAUUCCAUUAAAACACCACUAGAGGUGUACGAGGAACUGACAUGGAAGUACAUUGUCGACUACGAGCGUGUUCCUGUAACGGAUGAAAAAUCACCUAAAGAGCAGGAUUUCGAUGUUCUGGUUCAUAAAAUUUCUCAAGCUCAUAUAAGGACUGAGAUAGUUUUUAAUUGCCAAAUGGGUCGUGGACGAACAACUACUGGGAUGGUGAUUGCUACUUUAAUUUAUAUCACUCGAAUAGGAGCUUCAGGUAUUCCAAGAACCAAUUCUAUGGGAAAAAUUGCUGAUUUUGGUUCUAGUGUCACUGACAACUUACCAAACUCGGAGGAGACAAUCCAUAGAGGAGAAUAUCCAGUCAUUAGAAGCCUGAUUCGGGUUCUGGAGGGUGGCGUUGAAGGCAAAAGACAGGUUGACGAAGUAAUUGACAAAUGUGCCUCUAUGCAGAACUUGCGUGAAGCUAUUGCUACUUAUCGAAGUAGUAUAUUGCACCAAACUGAUGAAAUGAAGAAGGAAGCAUCCCUUUCCUUUUUUGUGGAGUACCUAGAGAGAUAUUACUACCUUAUUUGUUUUGCUGUAUAUCUUCAUACGGAAAGAGAAGCACAUCAGCCUGUGUUCCCUGGUCAAUGCAGUUUUACUGACUGGAUGAAAGCCAGACCGGAGCUCUAUAGCAUAUUGCGGAGAUUGCUGAGGAGAGACCCGAUGGGAGCGCUUGGUUAUGCAAAUCUAAAACCUUCUCUAGCAAAAAUCGCUGAAUCUGCUGAUGUCCGCCCUUUUGAGAUGAGUCAAGUUGCUGCCCUAAGGAAUGGAGAGGUUCUUGGAAGCCAAACUGUUCUAAAAAGUGACCACUGUCCUGGUUGUCAACAUCCUAGUUUACCGGAGAGAUUGGAGGGUGCCCCUAAUUUUAGAGAGAUUCCGGGAUUUCCGGUCUAUGGGGUUGCAAAUCCAACUGUGGAUGGUAUUCGAUCUGUAAUUCAGAGGAUUGGAAGUUCAAAAGGUGGCCGUCCUGUAUUCUGGCACAACAUGAGAGAAGAACCUGUUAUUUACAUCAAUGGAAAACCAUUUGUACUUCGUGAAGUUGAAAGGCCAUACAAAAAUAUGCUGGAGUAUACGGGAAUUGAUUGUGAAAGGGUAGAAAGAAUGGAAGCUCGAUUGAAAGAUGAUAUUUUGCGGGAAGCUGAAUGCUAUCAAGGUGCCAUAAUGGUCAUCCAUGAAACUGAUGAUGGACAAAUUUUUGAUGCUUGGGAGCAUGUGAGCCCCGACGCUGUUCAGACACCACUUGAGGUAUUUAGGUGCUUUGAAGCUGAGGGUCUCCCCAUCAAGUAUGCACGUGUUCCUAUCACUGAUGGAAAAGCUCCAAAAAGUUCUGAUUUUGACACCUUGGCUAUGAACAUUGUAUCUGCUUCCAAAGACACAGCUUUUGUUUUUAACUGUCAGAUGGGUAUUGGACGGACAACAACAGGUACUGUCAUUGCUUGCCUUCUUAAACUUCGGAUAGAUUAUGGGAGGCCUGUUAAAAUAUUAGUUGAUGGCACAUCACAUAAAGAGUUGGGCUGCAGUAUGCCAAGUGACGAUGAAAGUGAAGAUCAUUUUUCGGUGUCAAAUUCUGUUUUGGCAAAAAGUAGGUCUGGAAAGGAUUCAAGUCGUGAAUUUGGGAUAAAUGACAUCUUGCUGCUAUGGAAGAUAACUAGAUUAUUUGAUAAGGGGGUGGAAUGCCGAGAAGCAUUAGAUGCUAUAAUUGAUCGAUGUUCAGCACUGCAGAAUAUACGCCAAGCUGUCUUGCAAUACAAAAAGCUAUUUAAUCAGCAGCAAGUUGAGCCUAGAGAAAGGAGAGUAGCGCUGAAUCGCGGUGCUGAGUAUUUAGAGCGCUAUUUCCGUUUAAUUGCUUUUGCAGCAUAUCUGGGAAGUGAAGCCUUUGAUGGAUUUUGCAGACAAGGAGAAUCAAGAAUGACUUUUAAGAGUUGGUUACAUCGAAGACCAGAGGUCCAAGCAAUGAAAUGGUCUAUCAGAUUAAGGCCUGGGCGAUUUUUCACUGUCCCUGAGGAGUUAAGAGCUCCACAUGAAUCUCAGCAUGGGGAUGCUGUCAUGGAAGCAAUUUUAAAGGAUCGCAGUGGUUCAGUUUUGGGGAAAGGGUCUAUUCUUAAGAAGUACUUCUUUCCUGGUCAAAGAACUUCUAACCAUAUACAAAUUCAUGGUGCACCACACGUCUACAAGGUGGAUGGAUAUCCAGUGUAUAGCAUGGCGACACCAACAAUAGCAGGAGCAAAAGAGAUGUUAGCGUAUCUAGGCGCCAAGCCCAAACCAGAAGGAAAUGCCCCUCAGAAAGUAAUUUUGACUGAUUUACGGGAGGAAGCUGUUGUUUAUAUCAACAAUACACCUUUUGUACUUAGGGAACUAAAUAAGCCCGUCGAUACACUUAAACACAUAGGAAUCACUGGUCCGGUGGUGGAACACAUGGAGGAACGUUUAAAAGAAGAUAUAAUAUCUGAGAUUAGACAAUCUGGUGGUCGAAUGCUUUUACACCGAGAAGAAUAUAACCCCGCACUGAAAAAGGCCAGCGUCAUAGGGUAUUGGGAGAAUAUUUUUGUGGAUGAUGUCAAAACUCCUGCUGAGGUAUAUGCUGCCCUUAAGAAUGAAGGGUGCAAUUUGGCAUAUAGGAGGAUACCGUUAACUAGAGAAAGAGAAGCUCUACCUUCAGAUAUUGAUUCUAUCCAAUACUGUAAGGAUGACUCUGCAGGGUCUUAUCUAUUCGUAUCACACACAGGCUUUGGAGGGGUUUCCUAUGCUAUGGCUAUCAUUUGCAUAAGACUUGAAGCAGAGAUAGCGUUAACAUCAUGCAUUCCCCGACCGUUGGCUGGAACUCAAUAUCCAUUUCGUUCACCUGAAGACAAAAAAACUUCUGGUGAUGAAGCACGCAAAAUGGGUGAUUACAGGGACAUUCUAAGCCUCACUAGAGUUCUUCUUCAUGGACCUGAGAGCAAAGCAGAUGUUGACAUUGUUAUAGAAAGGUGUUCAGGUGCUGGACAUCUACGAGAUGAUAUUCUGUACUACAUCAAGGAACUUGAGAAGCUUUCGGAUAAUUGCGAUGAUCAUCGAGCAUAUCUUGUGGAUAUGGGUAUUAAAGCUUUAAGGCGGUACUUCCUCCUGAUCACGUUUAGAUCCUAUCUCUACUGCACUUCUGCAGCCGAGAUGAGAUUCACAACUUGGAUGGAUGCCAGGCCUGAACUUAGCCAUCUUUGUAACAAUAUUAGGAUUGAUAAAUGA